AUGCAGGCGCAGUGCAUUCCCGGAUUUGGCACGGCCAAAUGCACGCCGUGGACCGCGGGACGCUGCACCGGUGCCAAGGCUGAACCGGCAUCACCCGCACUACCCAUUUGGGAGCUCGUUUGGGAGGAUCACUUUGACUCCCAGACCUGCGUGCCGGACACAUCCGGCACGCUGCGGCCUAGCCCGGAGUUCUGGAGCCCUGAGACUGGCUACAAGCGCGGCAAGGAGCUGCAAUGGUACCAGCCGAAGAAUGCAGAGUGCAAGGAUGGUGCCUUGGUCAUCACGGCCAGGCGUGAACGCCAAGCGUGGGAGAAGCCGCAGGGCCCUCAGUGCCAAGUUGUGAACUGGGACUCCAUCGAGCAGCCUUUAGACAACGCAUCCUGUGCGGUCUGCGCUCCCCCGUACUUCCAGUAUUACAAUCCUUGUGACUUGGUCCGGAACGACGAUUCUGGCGGUCCAGCAUGUGACUGCUCCGAGUCAGCAGAAUUCACCUCAGCCUCGCUCAUGACCAGGGGCAAGAAGGAGUUCUCGUAUGGGCUCUUUGAGCUGCGUGCGAAGAUUGACACAAGACCAGGCGCCUGGUCAAGCUGGUGGGCAAUUGGCGACUUUGACUAUGUCCCUUGGCCCAAAAACGGAGAGAUCGACAUCAUGGACGCCUUCCAGCGGAUGGUGAAAGCCAGUGUGAUCCACUCCGGGGAAUCAGGGCUUCCCAGCAGUGCUAUCCAGCAUGCAGGCGCUCGCAUGAUUGACCGUGAGUGGGAGAAGUAUUACCAUACCUGGCAGCUGGAAUGGGACAAGGACUUCAUGGAGAUACGCAUUGAUGGCGAAGCGAUUCUCAAGCUUGACCUCUCCGUGGCGGAUCCCAAACGGACCUCGUGGCCGAAUCCCUUCACGCAAGGCAAGAAAUUCUUCAUGAUUCUGAACUUGGCCGUUGGAGGUCAUUCAGGAGGAGAUGCAUCCUUGACGCAAUUCCCUACCCAGCUUCACGUAGACUAUAUCCGCGUAUACCAGAAAAAGGGCACUACGUGA